AUGUCUUCAACGAUACCAGAAGAGGGCUCGGAGAUCCCAGAGCCCUUGCAUUCCCAACGUCUAUCUAUGGUCGAAACCAAUGAGAGCCUCCGCAACCGGGGUAUCACAGAAACACCCCCGCGAUUGGAUUACAACUACCCUGUUAUUGGACAUGAUGCGGACCCUGUAUUCCCUGAAGAGUACACCGUUGAAACCAGCACUGGUCUUGUACCCGAAAAGACCUUGGAGGAGAUCCGAUCUCGCCCUUCUACCUCAUCCACAAAAGCUGGCACGCCGCCUGACACCGACCUCGAAAAAGGAGAGAAUGGGCCUACAGAGUUUGUAACAUUCACCAUCGGUGAUCCUGCACACCCCCACAAUUGGUCCCGAGCUUAUCGCUGGUACAUCACUCUUGUUGCCUCAGGUCUUGUGGUAUGUGUCGCAUUUGGUUCCGCCAUUGUCACCGGAGGAUUGGGUUUGAUUGAAGAGAAAUACAAUGUCUCUCUUGAGGUUGCAAUCCUGACAUGCUCAAUCAUGGUCUGCGGAUUCGCAGUUGGUCCUCUUCUCUGGUCUCCCCUCUCUGAGAUCAUUGGCCGAAGGCCUGUGUACAUAAUCUCUCUCGGUUUGUAUGUCAUUUUCAACAUUCCAUGCGCGCUGUCCCCAAACAUCGGUGGCCUGCUCGUGUGCCGAUUCCUAUGCGGUGUCUUCUCCAGUUCAGGCCUUUCCCUCGCUGGUGGCACCAUCGCCGAUAUCUGGAACAUUGAGGAGCGCGGUAUGGCCAUUGCUUAUUUUGCUGCUGCACCAUACUGCGGCCCUGUUCUUGGCCCCAUCGUGACAGGUUGGAUCACCGUUGGAAGUGGCCGUCUCGACCUCUUUUUCUGGGUGAAUUUGGCCUUCGCCGGUGCAGUGAUGGUCCUGAUUGGUCUUAUCCCAGAGACAUAUGCUCCAGUCAUUCUUAAACGCCGCGCCGCAAAGCUGCGCAAGGAGACCGGAAACCCGAACAUCGUGACCGAGCAAGAAAAGACAAAGCUCACCUUCCGAGAAAUCGCUCGCACAAGCUUGAUCCGACCUAUCACGAUGAUCAUGACCGAGCCCGUUCUCGACCUAAUGUGCAUGUAUAUCGUCCUGAUUUACGCAAUGCUCUACGCCUUCUUCUUUGCAUACCCCGUGAUCUUCACUAAGCUCCAUGGCUAUAAUGACGGCCAGAUCGGACUCAUGUUCAUCCCGAUUCUGAUCGGUGCCGGCUUUGCCCUAGUUGUCACUCCAGUCAUCGAAGGCAAAUUCAAGAGGAUCUGCAGCGUUCGAGAUCCAACACCAGAAGACCGACUCCACGCAGCCCUGCUGGGUGCACCUUUUAUCCCGAUCGCCUUCUUCAUCUUGGGCGCUACCUCCUACAAGCAUAUCAUCUGGGUUGGACCGGCUUCGUCUGGUAUUGCCUUUGGCUUCGGCAUGGUGCUCUGCUACUAUGCAGUGAACAAUUAUAUCAUCGACUCGUACCAGAAAUAUGCUGCGUCAGCUUUGGCAGCUAAGGUCUUCCUGCGAUCUGGUGGUGGUGCAGCUUUCCCGCUGUUCACCACGCAAAUGUACGAUCGUCUUGGGUUGCAGUGGGCUUCUUGGCUGCUUGCUUUCAUCGGACUUGCCAUGGUUCUUAUUCCGUAUGUUUUCUUCUUCUACGGAGGGAAACUGCGUGCAAAGCUCACUCGGGACUAA